AUGUCUGGCUAUAUCGAGCAAUCAACUGGUGCUCUUCAUCAAGCCGAAGCAAUUCAGACGGCACUGACUGCUUUGGCUGAGGCUCUACUAGCUGCGGCUGCUGACGGUAAUGAUUGUGAGAACUCCAAGCCCCUGGAAGCUGAGGCUCGACGGUGCUAG